UGCAACCGCUCACUCUCUACCACUCUAAAGUGCAUAAACUGUCUGUAAUACCGGCACAAAGGAGCUGGGAAAUCCUGACUGAGAUGAUAGAAAGCCUUCAAGACGUUCCAGAGGAAGAGUUUGAGACAAAAGUUUCUUAAGAGGAAGGAGAAAGAAGAAGGACGAGAUCAUCCACUCAGAAUAUUAAAGACAUCCACCUCAUUACAAAGACAAAGAACAAGGGCAUCCAGCCAAACCUGAGUUCUGCUGUUGGAAGGAAACAUGCUGCUAUAUGGCGUGGACCCUGGAAGACAUGGGGAUCUUGUGACAACUUUGCUCCUUUGGAGGUGAAACAACUUAUAAAGAGUUUGGACAAAAGGACAGGAUCUUAUCAUAAGGAAACCCCUCCUCAGGAUUUGAAUGAGGGUAGGCCAACACCUUAUGCCAAAAAUGGACCAUAUGGGUGAGAAGGAUAUUUGUUUUACUGGAUUAUCUGAGUGAGUCAAACUGAGUCCGUAUCUGGUGGGCUGUAGCCUGGAGAGAGUGCCUGAGCAGGGGGAGGGGAAGAAGCUCCAGCUUGAAUCUGUCCUCUGGGAGGAUUCUUUUCAGUCUUCAUCAACCCCCAAAGUAAGAAGAGGAAAGUUAAUCAAAUUUGCAAUGUCCAACUCAGAGGACCUGUUAGUGCUGAUGGCCUGACUGCCUGGUUGUGUGGGACUGGUUUCUGGCUUUCAUUCAUGGACAGUUGCUUUGUUUCAUAAUGAAUAACACUACCGACCUGGACAAUUCAAGCUGCAGCAAGAAUGACAUGUUCAAAUACCCCCUGUACAGCACAGUCUUCAGCAUUGUGUUUGUAGUUGGACUCAUCACCAACGUUGUUGCCUUUUAUAUAUUCACAUGCUCUCUAAAAGUGAGGAAUGAGACCACCACCUACAUGAUGAACUUGGUGGUGUCGGACUUGCUGUUUGUCUUCACACUGCCGCUGAGGGUCUUCUACUUCAUAAAUAAGAACUGGCCCUUUGGGGGGACUCUCUGCCAGAUCUCAGUCUCGCUCUUCUACACCAACAUGUACGGCAGCAUGCUCUUCCUCACAUGCAUCAGCGUGGACCGCUUUCUGGCCAUCGUGUACCCUUUUCGCUCGAGGAUGCUCAGGACCAAACGCAAUGCCAAGAUAGUGUGCAUUGCCGUAUGGGUGCUGGUGCUUUCGGGUAGCCUCCCCACUGGGUUUUUGCUGAAUAGCAUCACAACAGACGAAAAAAGCACUUUCUGCUUUGAGAACUUUUCAUCCAAAACAUGGAAAUCCCACUUGUCCAAAGUGGUGAUAUUUAUAGAGACAGUUGGCUUCCUCAUUCCUCUUUUACUUAAUGUUUGUUGCUCCAUAAUGGUUUUACAGACGCUGCGGCGCCCUCAGACCGUCAGUCGUGGGGGAAAGGUGAACAAAACGAAGGUCCUGCGGAUGAUAAUCGUGCACCUGUUCAUUUUUUGCUUUUGCUUUAUUCCCUAUAACGUGAACUUGGUGUUUUAUGCACUGGUCCGCACAAAAAACUUAAAAGGAUGCUAUAUUGAAUCGGUAGUUCGAACAAUCUACCCAAUAGCCCUUUGCAUUGCUGUGUUUAACUGCUGCUUUGAUCCCAUCGUGUACUACUUCACCUCAGAGACCAUCCAGAACUCCAUCAAGAGGAAGUCCCAGGCCUCCCGCUCGUUUGAUGUCAAAUUCUCAGAGGCCCUCCAGUCAGAUAGCGCCUCCAAUUUGCAAUGCAGCCUAAGGAACCUGAAAGCUAAGGUCUUCCACAACGAAUCUUCUGUAUGAAAUUUCUCAGUGAGUUUUCUUUUGGAGAGCUUUUCCUAAUUUGGACUUCAUCUCAGGGCAAAAGCUCCCAACUAUGGAUUUAACAGCGUCUGCUUUGCAGUAUUACCACUUACCACUUCACCCUCUGCUCACGUGAGGAUUUGUUACGACUACUUACACAUUUCUGUUUCCUGUGGAUUAGAGUGUAAUUGUGUUUAACACAGUCACUCAGCCAGUGAUGUAUAAUGGGAUAUGAUCACUAAACUGCAGAAUGGUUAUACUGUAUUAACAUAUUAUUGGACCUGUGUAUCUGUAUAUAUGUAAAGUAAGUUGCGUUGCCAACUUUAGAGUAUUAUCUAUUAAGUUAAUAUAAAGUUAUUUCAAGGUAUAGAUAUGUAUGUACAAGGCUCUUUGUUGAUAUGAUACAAAAAAUUUAUUCUGUAAUUCACUUUUGAGAGUGUGUGUUUUUUCACUAGUUGUGAAUAACAGAAUAUAAGGGUGUCUUUUGGUUUUUAAUGUUCUGGGAACAUUUCGUUGUUGUUGCAUUACUGAGCUUUAAAUGCACUGAUAUACUUCCUCAUACUGCAUUCACACCAUUAUCAUGAAUAAAAGUCAUGUGCUGAGUAAUGCAAAAAAAAAA